AUGGCGGCGACACUGAGCCUGGAGCCCGCGGGCCGCAGCUGCUGGGACGAGCCGCUGAGCAUCGCCGUGCGCGGCCUGGCCCCCGAGCAGCCCGUCACGCUGCGCGCCGCCCUGCGCGACGAGAAGGGCGCGCUCUUUCGAGCCCACGCGCGCUACCGCGCCGACGCCGCGGGAGAGCUGGACCUGGCGCGCGCGCCCGCGCUGGGCGGCAGCUUCGCGGGGCUCGAGCCCAUGGGGCUGCUCUGGGCCAUGGAGCCCGACCGGCCUCACUGGCGCCUGGUCAAGCGCGACGUGCAGACGCCCUUCGUGGUGGAGCUGGAGGUGCUGGACGGACACGAGCCCGACGGCGGGCGGCUGCUGGCGCGGGCGGUGCACGAGCGUCACUUCAUGGCUCCCGGGGUGCGGCGCGUGCCCGUGCGCGAGGGCCGGGUGCGUGGAACGCUCUUCCUGCCCCCAGAACCUGGGCCCUUUCCUGGAAUCAUAGACCUUUUCGGAGUUGGAGGGGGCCUUCUGGAGUAUCGGGCCAGUCUGCUGGCUGGGAAGGGCUUUGCCGUUAUGGCUCUGGCUUAUUACAACUAUGAAGACCUCCCCAAGAGUAUGGAAACCAUGCGCAUGGAGUACUUUGAAGAAGCCGUGAACUACCUGCGUAGCCACCCUGAGGUAAAAGGACCAGGAAUCGGGCUGCUUGGCAUUUCCAAAGGGGGCGAACUUGGCCUUGCUAUGGCCUCCUUCCUGAAGGGCAUCACGGCCGCUGUUAUCAUCAAUGGCUCCGUGGCUGCUGUUGGGAACACCAUUUAUUACAAGGAUGAGACCGUACCUCCUGUGACUAUCCUGAAAAAUCGAGUCAAAAUGACCAAAGAUGGUCUCAAGGAUGUUGUGGAAGCUUUGCAAAGCCCUCUGGUAGAACAGAAGAGCUUCAUCCCUGUGGAAAGGUCUGACACGGCCUUCCUGUUCCUUGUAGGUCAGGAUGACCACAACUGGAAGAGUGAGUUCUAUGCCAAUGAGAUCUCCAAACGCCUGCAGGCCCAUGGGAAGGAGAAGCCCCAGAUCAUCUGCUACCCAGAAGCAGGGCACUAUAUUGAGCCUCCUUACUUCCCACUGUGCAGCGCUGGCAUGCACCUCCUGGUGGGUGCCAAUAUCACCUUUGGAGGGGAGCCUAGGCCCCAUGCCAUGGCCCAGCUGGAUGCAUGGCAGCAACUCCAGACUUUCUUCCACAAACAGUUGGGUAGUAAGAGUUAGGGAGUGUCCCCUAAAAUAUAACCUAUUAUAUGGUGGUUUGGGGGGAAAGGUUCAAAUAAAUACAUUGUAAGAAUAUUAGUUCAGAUUACUUACUUCAUCUGAACGUAUAACUGCUUUAGGUUUACAUUUUUAAAAAUUAAUUUUAGUAUCAAAAUAGUGUUGAUUCAAUGGCUGGGAAUGUAGUUCCAUUGUAGAGUCCGUGACUGGCUCAUGCAAGUUCCUGAGUUCAAUCCAGCAUGCUGUAAGAACAAAGCAUGUUGUGUGGAAAC